AGUGAGUUUUGGAUAGAAGAGGCUGCCGUAGAGGGGCGUGGCGGCGCAGCCGCGAUCUGCGCGACGCAGUUCACGUGCCGGCAGCUGCGGAUCCUCCUUCUGGACCUACCAUGGCUCAGCCCGGGACUCUGAACCUCAAUAACGAGGUUGUCAAGAUGAGAAAAGAAGUGAAGAGAAUCCGAGUUUUGGUUAUCCGAAAACUUGUCAGGAGUGUUGGCAGACUGAAGUCAAAAAAGGGCAAUGAAGAUGCACUGUUAAAAAACCAAAGACGAGCACAAAGAUUGCUUGAAGAAAUCCAUGCCAUGAAGGAAUUGAAACCUGAUAUAGUAACUAAAUCUGCUCUUAGUGAUGAUAUCAGCUUUGAAAAAAUCUGCAAAAAGCCUGAUUCUACUGCAACUGAAAGAGCAAUAGCCAGACUAGCAAUGCACCCUCUUCUGAAGAAAAAAAUAGAUGUGCUGAAAGCUGCUGUCAAAGCCUUUAAAGAUGCAAGACAAAAUAUUGCUGAAGUUAAGUCAUCAAAGAAUGCUUCAGAAGAAAAUCAUUCCAAGGACACUUUGUGUUCAAAUGAUGAUGCCAGUGAGUUACAGCAUGAAGGAACUAUUAUCAGUGAGCAAAAAGAGAAGGAAGCCAAAAUAUUGGCAAAGAAACCAAUAAAUAAUUCAAAAGAAAAAAUAGUCAAGAUGAAACAUGGACCCAAAGCAGUGGACAUUCCAAAUUCUCCAUCAAAGUCUUCUGAAAAGGAUUCUUUAGUUCCCUCUGAAGCCCAGAAGAUACCUGCUAACCCCAAAAUGAAAACAUUAAGUCAAACGAAGAAAAAGAAAGAGUUUGAUAGCUCACUUAGUAGUAACAGUGAUGGAGAAGAAAUACAUGAAGAAGAGAAGGAGUAUUUUGAUGAUAGCACAGAAGAAAGGUUUUACAAGCAGUCUUCCAUGUCUGAGGAUAGUGAUAGUGGUGAUGAUUUCUUCAUUGGGAAAGUCAGACGGACACGAAAGAAGGAAAGUAGUUGUCAUUCUUCAGUUAAGGAACAAAAGGUAACCCCAAAAUUGUUUCCUGUAGAAGAUAUACUUGAAACCCAUCAGGAUAUAAAAAAUGACAAAAACAAACCAAGUACAGAGGCAAGGAAGCUUGAAUCAGUAUUUUUCCAUUCUUUAUCUGGAUCUAAAAGCUCUAGAAGGAAUUAUAGAGAACAGCCUCCGAAAAUCAAAACCCCAGGUUUUCAGCAAAAUGAGCCUCAAAUCAAGAGUCAGUUUAAUAAGAGUGCACAGAGAGGACUUGAAAAUACAAAACAGCGAUCACAGCUGCCUCUUCAUCCUUCGUGGGAAGCAAGCAGGAGGCGAAAAGAACAGCAAGCUAAAAUUGCUGUGUUUCAGGGGAAAAAAAUUACAUUUGAUGAUUGAUUAGUACCGUUUUUGUGAACUUUUCCAUCUAAAAAUUCUUUUUCUUUCCUUUUUUUU